AUGUUCUCCUGUGUCUGGGUUUCCUAUGAUUCGGUGUCCGUCGCUUUUCCCAUCACCAUGAUGAUUACAGGGAUGGUGGGAAAUUCCCUUGCAAUUAUACUAGUUUAUAUUUCUUAUCGAAAAAAGGAGAACAAAAGGAAGCAAUCGUUUUUGCUGUGCAUUGGAUCUUUAGCGCUGACUGACCUGUUCGGACAACUGCUCACUAGUCCUAUAGUGAUUUCUGUAUACAGAGCAGAGCUGAGCUGGGAGCGCGUCGAUGCGUCCGGGACCUUGUGCGCGUUUUUUGGAGUUUGCAUGACCACUUUUGGUCUGUGUUCGCUGUUUUUAGCCAGUGCCAUGGCCAUCGAAAGGAGUCUGGCUAUUACUGCUCCGCACUGGUACUCCAACAAUAUGAAAACUAGUGUGACCAAGCAGUUGCUGCUCACCAUCUGGGUUGUGGUGCUAUUCUUCGCCUUGUUGCCUGUUGUCGGGGUUGGGAAAUACACUUUGCAGUGGCCCGGUACCUGGUGCUUUAUCAGUACAGGUGACGCAGAUGUAACAGGUAACACGUUCUUCGCGACCACGUUUGCAGCUCUCGGAAUCACCUCGUUGCUGGUCACUUUCUCCUGUAAUGUGGUGACCAUCCGUGCGUUAGUGCUGCGCUGCCGGACGAAACCCAGCGCGUCUCAGUCCUCCAGGCAGUGGGAGAGACUGACCACAGAGACCGUGAUUCAGCUGAUGGGCAUCAUGUGCGUACUGCUCAUCUGCUGGUCUCCUUUAAUGGUUGGUAUUCCUACAAGUUUCACCUAGAAAGUAAACAGUUCAAAUUGUUUUUCUCAGGACACUUGGCUGUAA